CGAAACCCUACUCUCUGCUUCUUUUCUCUUACCGCGCGCGUUUUUUCUCCGGCUCGAACUUUUUUUCUUCCCAAUCAUGGAGAAUUCUUCUCUCGAUCAAGAGACCGCGAAGAAAGUUCUUCGUCAGGUCGAGUUCUAUUUCAGUGACAGUAAUCUCCCUAGAGAUGGUUUUCUUAAGAAAACUAUUAGCGGAAUCGCCGAUGGAAUGGUCGAUUUGUCUUUGAUUUGUACGUUUUCUCGGAUGAAAGGACAUCUUAAAUUGAAGCAGGACGUGAAACCAGAGGAGAUUCCAGAAGAUACUCUGAAGGCCGUCGCUGAAACUCUAAGAAGCUCCUCAACUAUCAAAGUUUCUGAAGAUGGGAAGAAGAUUGGUAGAACUACUGAACUCCCAAAGCCUGAAGAGUUAAUAGAACAAUUGGAUGAUAAAACCAUAGCUGCAUCACCGUUUGAAUAUGAUGUCAAGCUAGAAGAUGUAGAAGCUUUCUUUAAUCAAAGUGCAAAGGUAAAUAUUUGUCAACAGUGUGAGGCUGCCUUGGUAGAAUUUUCUACCGAGGAAGAUACAGAAAAAGUUUUGAAGGAGAGCUUGCUAUAUGAUGGUGCCAAGUUAGAAUUGAAACCAAAGAGGGAUUUUGAUGAGGAGAGAGCAAAAGAGACAGAGGAGUUCGAAAGUGCACGCGCAAACUCGAGUGCAAACCGCAAGAAUAAUAUUCCCCCAGAAUCAAACUACCCUAAAGGCUUAAUUGUCGCCUUUACAUUGAAAAAUGUGUCAUCUGGAAGUUCUGCUGAGGAAAAUGGAUCUCAUGGUGUAGCCGCUGAUAAGACCGAAUGCAAACCAGACGAAAGAUUAGAUUCCUCAAAGAAUGACUCUGAGAAAACGGAGCAAAUAGGGGAAGAAGCAAAUAUGAGUAAAGAUGAAGAGAUUAAGAGUGCUGAUGAUAACAAUGGAGAGGCUAAUAAAAAAAAUGACUUAGGCAAUGAAGAAAAACCCGAAGUGGAAGAGCGGACUACGAAUGAUACUGUCAAUGAACAUGAAGAGGACGAAGAAAAACCCACAGCUGCUAAAUUCACAAACAACAUGAAUGUGGUUUCGCGCGAGGAUUUGAAGGUUAUUUUUCAGAAGUUUGGAAGUGUCAAGUUCAUCGAUUUUAAGAUUGGAGACGAGUCAGGCUAUAUCAGAUUUGAAGAGCCUGAAGCUGCCCAGAAAGCUCGUGCGGCUGCAGUACUUGCCGAACAAGGGGGGCUGGCUGUGAAGAGUUUUAUGGCCACUUUAGAGCCAGUGUCAGGUGAGGCUGAGAAGGAGUAUUGGAGGCUACUCCGCAGCAAUCAAGAAAAGCAUCAUCGCGACUUUAAGGGCAACCGUGGAAGGGGUGGUAAAUUCAAUAGAGGAGGUGGCAAGCAUGCUCGGUCAAGAGGGCACGGCAACGACCGAGGUCGCCCGAAUAAAGCACAGAAGGUGUGAGAUGCUUGGAAGGGUGAAAGCUUGUGUCUUUAAUGGCCGCCGGCUCUGCUACAAUGAAACACUUCGCAUCCGGAUCUAUCGGUCUUUUACUUCACUUAUCAGCCUCAUGCUUAGUUUAGGUUUUAAUUAUUUUUAAUAUAUAUAUAUAUAUAUAUAUAUAUAU